AUGUCUAAUCAGAUCGGAGACCUCUACCAAUCUGUUAUCGAUGAAGUCCUUGAGAACGCUCGACAGGAUUUCCAGGAGCGUGGCGAAGAUGAUAGUGUUCUGAAUCUCCUUCGGAACGCCUGGCAACAACGGCUCUCUGAAAUGAGAGUGGGUGUGAUGCCCUGGGAUAACGCAGGUCCAACUAUACCCACGAGCGGAUAUGAUCCCAUCUAUGGGUACCGUGGCACUGCUGAGAUGCCCCAACUGAGUGGUAUUCCACCUGCCACUGGCCAGAACACACUGCAUACCUUGCCCCCAGGUAACGGCCUUAGUAUUCCAGGCACCUAUACUAACAAUGGGGGGCUUGUACUACCCCGUUUGCCACAAACCGAUGGCUUGAACGGUGACGAGUCUGAGGAAAUCAAACCCGACGUCAAGAAAGAAGACGAUUCAGGCGAUCUGGGUAGUGAUUUAGGCGAAGGGCUCAGCGACGCUGAGGAGUCAGAGGACGAGCUCAACAGCGAAAACGACGGCGAAGAGGGCGGCGACCAGGAUGUAAUUCUAAGCCUUUAUGACAAGGUCCAGCGUGUCCGCAAUCGCUGGAAGUAUGUUUUGAAGGAUGGUAUUGUUAAUAUUGGCGGCAAAGACUAUGUGUUCAGCAGAGGAACCGGUGAGUCUGAAUGGUAG